AUGAAGGCGACCUUCUCAGCUGCUCUCCUUGUUCUAGCCAUCUCAGCGUGGACUUCCUUUGCAGUUGAUUUUCCUCUCCCUAUGAGCCCUCGCGUGACCGAUGAGGUCUUCCGGGAGACAAAGGACUUGUGCAACAAGAACGUCAGGAAAUGCUGGAUGCUUUCCUACUUCAAGCCCAAUGAGCCUAUAUGUGCCAGUGACCAAGUCACCUACGGCGGCGAGUGCCAUCUCUGCUCCAGAAUUCUAUAUGAAAGCAGAACCAUAGUUAAAAUGCAUGAUGGAGAAUGUAGAACCGGAAGUCGCGUAUAG